CUAAGAGUACCAGGCUAUGUCGAAGGAUACGUACGACGCUUCUGGCAGGCAAGUGAAGAUCAUCGUGGAACUCCCGAGGCACCUGGCCGGGUUGUCACCCUGAUUGACAGAUCGCAUUGGGAUACUUUGACCGAUCAACAUUCGGAUGCUCCUCCAACGACAUGGGGUGCCGCUUAUAGGGUCAAUGCUAACCACAACUCACGUUGGUUUAGNAUACCUGGACCGCAUGUGGCAGAAGUGCGAGAAUAUCUCGAUAUUCGUGAGAUUAAUGGAUACAGUAUCCAGUAUACACCAUUUCACGUUUCAGAGGCUUUUGCGGCUUCACACAAUCUACCAGCACCUAUCAAUUGCUUGGUCUACGUAGGACUUCCAGACAAUCCGCAAUUCAUGGGUCCACAGGAUCUUGGAUCGCUUGCAGAACACAUUGUCAAGAGCAGNGGGCCUAGUGGAGAAAACAAAGACUAUCUCUACGGGCUUGACCAAGCUCUGAUGGAACUUGGAGAGGGCAGCGAAGACGAGCAUGUCCACGACUUGGCCAGGCGCUGCCGGGAGAUUGAGUGCAGGGCGUCAAAGGAUGUUAGCAAGCAAGCAGACAGCAGCGUCGUCGGAUCCGAGCUGAAGAGAGUGGGAAGCACGGCUGAACAAGAGGAGAUUGAGAAGUGA